GCCGGGCGGCCGGGCGGACGGUGAGUCCGUGUUCCGCUGGCGCACAGCUGGGCCGAGGCGCGGCGGGCGGGGGCCGCCGCAAGUUUUGCUGUGCGAGCGGGGCGGGCGCGCCCGGCCCCGCCAGGGCCUAAGUUCCCUGCACUCGCUUCCUCGCCUGUCGCCGCCGCCGCCGCCCGCAGCCCUCCUUCUCGUGGGCGCUGGGGAAGAAACUCGUCGGCGGGUCUAACUGUGGCGUCCCAGGGCGGUGGAGGGACGGAGCAGCUUCGGGGGCACGUCCUCGUAAAUCCCGUGGAGGACACUGACCCUGCACCCCACCCUCGAGGCCAGAAGUCGGUUCCCUUUGGGGAUCCGAGGGGCGAGAGCGCUCGCCCCGCUGACUUGCAAAGUUGGCGUCUUUACUUGGCCUCCGGGAUUCUGCGCAUGGCGUGUCUCCAGGCUGCUGAUGGGCAAGACAGAUGUGCCAGGUCCAGAAUGCACUUGAGAAGAGUUUGUAGCCAUUCCUGAAUCACCUUAUGACUAGUGGGGCAAGCCUCAAAUUAACCUCAGGAUUUCCGGUGGCGACAGACAAAGUUGCAGAAAAGCUGAGCUCUACUCUCUCAUGGGUGAAGAACACAGUAUCGCAUACAGUCAGUCAGAUGGCCAGUCAGGUGGCAAGUCCAUCUGCUUCAUUACAUACCACAUCCUCAUCUACCACACUAUCAACACCAGCCCUUUCACCAUCUUCCCCAUCACAGUUGAGUCCAGACGACUUAGAACUCCUGGCUAAACUGGAAGAACAGAAUAGAUUGUUAGAAACGGAUAGUAAGUCUUUAAGAUCUGUAAAUGGGUCAAGAAGAAACAGUGGCUCUUCUCUUGUGUCAAGUUCAUCAGCCUCUAGCAACCUCAGUCACCUUGAAGAAGAUUCUUGGAUUCUUUGGGGAAGAAUUGUUAAUGAAUGGGAAGAUGUACGCAAAAAGAAGGAAAAGCAAGUUAAGGAACUUGUUCAUAAAGGGAUACCCCAUCACUUUAGAGCAAUAGUUUGGCAACUUUUAUGCAGUGCACAAAGUAUGCCAAUUAAGGAUCAGUAUUCAGAACUCCUGAAAAUGACCUCGCCUUGUGAAAAAUUGAUCCGAAGGGACAUUGCUAGAACUUACCCUGAACACAACUUUUUUAAGGAAAAAGAUAGCCUUGGACAGGAGGUUUUAUUUAAUGUAAUGAAGGCUUACUCUUUAGUAGAUCGUGAGGUUGGUUACUGUCAAGGAAGUGCUUUUAUAGUUGGAUUGUUGCUUAUGCAGAUGCCAGAAGAAGAAGCUUUCUGUGUAUUUGUUAAAUUAAUGCAAGAUUAUAGACUUCGUGAACUUUUUAAACCAAGUAUGGCAGAAUUGGGCCUUUGUAUGUACCAGUUUGAAUGUAUGAUACAGGAGCAUCUUCCAGAGCUCUUUGUACAUUUUCAAUCUCAGAGUUUUCAUACCUCAAUGUAUGCAUCAUCCUGGUUUCUGACUAUCUUUCUUACAACUUUUCCACUACCAAUUGCAACAAGGAUAUUUGAUAUCUUUAUGUCUGAGGGUUUAGAAAUAGUGUUUCGUGUAGGAUUAGCACUUCUUCAGAUGAAUCAGGCAGAACUGAUGCAACUUGACAUGGAAGGGAUGUUACAGCACUUUCAAAAGGUCAUUCCACAUCAGUUUGAUGGUGUCCCAGACAAGCUAAUCCAAGCAGCUUACCAAGUCAAAUACAAUUCAAAAAAAAUGAAAAAGCUUGAAAAGGAAUACACUACAAUAAAAACGAAAGAAAUGGAAGAGCAAGUUGAAAUUAAAAGGUUACGCACAGAAAAUAGACUUUUAAAACAGCGCAUUGAGACAUUAGAAAAAGAAAGUGCUUCCUUGGCAGAUAGAUUGAUACAGGGACAAGUGACAAGAGCCCAGGAGGCUGAGGAAAACUACCUCAUAAAACGGGAGUUGGCCACCAUCAAACAGCAGAGUGAUGAGGCCAGUGCUAAGCUGGAGCAAGCUGAAAAUACCAUCAGGAAGCUCCAGCACCAACAACAAUGGCAUAAAUGCAGUUCCAACUACAACGAAGAUUUUGUGCUACAGCUAGAGAAGGAAUUGGUGCAAGCCCGACUGAGUGAAGCUGAGUCUCAGUGUGCAUUAAAAGAGAUGCAGGAUAAAGUCUUGGAUAUAGAGAAGAGGAAUAACUCCCUUCCUGAUGAGAAUAAUAUUGCAAGGCUUCAGGAAGAACUCAUUGCUGUGAAACUUAGAGAAGCAGAAGCCAUUAUGGGUUUGAAAGAACUUAGACAGCAAGUCAAGGAUUUAGAGGAACACUGGCAGCGCCACUUAGCUCGUACUACUGGGAGAUGGAAAGACCCACCCAAGAAAAAUGCUAUGAAUGAGUUACAAGAUGAACUGAUGACCAUUCGACUUAGAGAAGCUGAAACACAAGCAGAAAUAAGAGAAAUAAAACAAAGGAUGAUGGAAAUGGAAACACAGAACCAGAUCAAUAGUAACCAUCUUCGAAGAGCAGAACAAGAGGUGAUUAGCCUACAGGAGAAAGUGCAGUAUCUUUCUGCACAGAACAAAGGACUCCUUACUCAAUUAAGUGAAGCAAAGCGUAAACAAGCAGAGAUUGAAUGCAAGAAUAAGGAAGAAGUGAUGGCUGUGAGGCUUCGGGAAGCAGAUAGCAUAGCUGCUGUGGCUGAACUACGACAACACAUUGCUGAGCUUGAAAUCCAGAAAGAAGAAGGAAAGCUUCAAGGACAGCUUAACAAGUCUGAUUCUAACCAGUAUAUUAGGGAACUGAAAGAUCAGAUAGCAGAGCUGAAUCAUGAGGGGGAGUUGGGGAGAGAAGGCAGAAAUGUUAUACCGGACUGGCACUCCCCCCAUGCAGAAGGAAACCUCAUGAGUGGGAAGCAGCAUUCCUCUCCCACACUCAGGUGCCUAAAAGGCCAGAGGGGCUUCUCAGGCCAACCUCCUUUUGAUGGAAUCCACAUUGUCAACCAUUUAAUAGGAGAUGAUGAAUCAUUCCAUUCCUCUGAUGAAGAUUUUAUAGAUAAUUCCUUACAGGAAACUGGUGUUGGUUUUCCUUUGCACGGAAAAUCUGGCUCGAUGUCUUUGAACCCCGCAGUGGCAGAUGGUAGUGAGAGCGAAACAGAAGACAGUGUGCUGGAGACCAGAGAGAGCAACCAAGUGGUUCAAAAGGAGCGGCCCCCGAGAAGAAGAGAGUCGUAUUCAACCACUGUCUGACCAUCACUGUGACCUAGACUAUGGAUUUAUUUAAGGGAUCAGUUAUCAUAUGAUUAGGGCUUUUUGGAAAUAAUUUGUUUCAUAUGUACAUAUAUAUAUAUAUAUAUAUAUAUAUUUUACAGUCUUAUCUGCCUUUUUAUCUUUGCCAAAUCUUUACCACUGAUUUACCAUUGCCAUAAAGUAGACUGGUAUAUGGUUAAUGUGUAAAACAAGGUUCUAACAGUAUUACUGAAUAUUAAUGUUUCUUGUUUAGAAAAUGCAACUAUAUCUAUAUGUGGGAACCAUUCUGAAGUUCAAAACUAUGGAAAAUUGAAUUUUCUUCAGACAAAACUGCUCUUGUGCAAUAUUUUAUGCUCAGUGAGCAAAUUGUGUAUUUAUGUUUAUCAAUUUGUUCUCAAGGUGGCUGUCUACAGACAUUUGACCAAGACAUACAUCUGAUUUACCUUGUGUUAUGUUUUUUUUAUUGUUGUUUUUUUUUUUUAAGACAGAGAUUCAGUCUGUCACCCAGGCUGGAGUGCUGUGGUGUGAUCUUAGCUCACUGCAACCUCCGCCUCCCAGGUUCAAGCAAUUUUCCUGCCUCAACCUCCCGAGUACCUGGGACUAUAUGUGCGCACCACCACACCUGGCUAAUUUUUUGUAUUUUUAGUAGAGAUGGGGUUUCACCGUGUUGGCUGGGCUGGUCUCGAACUCCUAACCUCAAGUGAUCCACCCGCCUCAGCCUCCCAAAGUGCUGGGAUUACAGGUGUGAGCCACUGCACCCAGCCUACCUUGUCUGUUUGUGUCUGGGAGGUUUUUUUAUUUUUAUUUUUAUUUUUUCAUGAAAAUUAUUGGUGGGCCACUGAAAGUCCCCACACACAAAGCCUUUAUUCUAUAUAAUUUCAUAAACACAAAUUCAUGAUUAUCUGUUUUGAGAGUUUUAAGUUUUGUUUUAAUGUUUAACUUUUAUGUGCAUAUGAUGCUUCCAUGUGUUGGUUACUAGAGUAGUAGGUUAACUACAGACAUACUGUUUUGUUUGUACAUAUUUAUAAAUCUGUACCACCUAACAUUGAACAUCAUUUUAUAUGAAGAACAUACAUGUUGCUAAAUGACUGCUUUCAGCAUCUAACAGGACUUCUGUAAAUAAUAGGUUAAAAGUUAAAAAUAAAACACUAAUGUUUUAAGAGCUUUAGUAUUUUGCUUAGCAUUCAAUACUAGCAGAUUCAUAACUGAUGCCUGUUCAAAAACACUGUUGGUGGAAUCUUUUAUUUCAUGUGUAUGUAACUACUAAAUUUUUCAUGACUGAAGAGGUUAUAACACAUAUUAGUUAGUGCUAAUAUUCUACUGAAUAUAAUUUAAGCAAUGGGCUAAGGUCCAAGAAACAUAGCAAUUAUAUCUACAAAUAAUCUAUUAACAUGAUCUUCAGAAUCUCUAGUUUUUGUUCUAUAGGUAAAGCCAUAAGAAUCCUUUCCUACCAGUUUUUCCUAUAUCAUUUAGAUAUUAUUUCCUAGAAAACAGGAUGUCUGUCACUGAUAAGUUAGAGAAAACACCCAAAUUAUACUUGCACUAUGGAAAGACGACAUGAAUAUGUUGACUGGGUACUUUCUACUCUCAUUUUUGUUAGCCUAUGAAAAAAAAAACAUUUUGUUAACCUAUGGAAAAAGGCUUGGAAGAGAAAAGUAGAAUUCAGUAUGUAUGGAGGCACAGUUUUGCACAGUAUGUUGCAUGCGGCAAAAAAAAUUAUGAAAUAGUAGAAGAGAUAAAAGUAGUUUUCUGUCAAAAACUAGGAGUUAAGCCUUCAGGUACAUUGUGGACUAGGCUUUCCAGCAAGGUUUUUGUAGCUAUUUGCUUGCCUGAGAAAUGAAAUUGAGAACAUACCCCUGCAUGUCUGUCCUUAACACCAGGCUAAAUUCUGGUGGUUAAAUAACUUAUCUGUGGUUACAAGCUAGUAAGUAGCAGAGCCAAGAUUUUUUUUAAUAUAGAGACAGGUGUCUCACUGUGUUGUCCAGGCUGGUCUUGAACUCCUGGCCUCAAGUGGUCCUCCUGCCUCAGCCUCCCAAAGUGUGGGGAUUACAGGUGCGAGCUACUGCUCCCAGCAAGAGCCAAGAUUUUAACCUAGAUCUCCCUAACACCAAAGCUUUUGAAAGGGUUUAGCUGAAGAAUUUCUCAAUUCUCUGUUUUGUUUUGUUUUUAUUUUUGUUUUUUGAGAUGAAGUCUCACUCUGUAACCCAGGCUGGAGUGCAGUGGUACGAUCUUGGCUCACUGCAACCUCCACCUCCCGGGUUCAAGCGAUUCUCCUGCCUCAGCUCCCAAGUAGCUGGGACUACAGGUGCACGCCACCACAACUGGCUAAUUUUUGUAUUUUUAGUAGAGAUGGGGUUUCGCUAUGUUGGCCAGGCUGAUCUCAAACUUCUGACCUCAGGUGAUCCACCCGCUUUGACCUCCCAAAGUGCUGGGAUUACUAGACGUAAGCCACCACACCUGGCAAUUCCCUGCUUUUUUGACAACGUAAUUUAAAUGAAUUUGAUUUAAAUGUUUCCUGAAUAUAUAUACAGAUAGAUAGAUGAGUAUCAACACUUACAAGCUCUACACAGUCUGUGAGUGUAGAUACUACUUACUCGUAGGAUUGUCUUGUGCUUUGGGGAUUUUUGUUCGGAGUUCUAUACUAUCAGCCCAGAAAGCUAUCAAUGUCCAAGUGAAGUGAGAUGUUGCAUGGCCACAUUAUUGCUUUGACCCUCACAUUAAGAAAUCUGAAUGAUCUGGACCAGGGGUCAGCAAAGUGCAGCCUACAAGCUAUUGCAGUCAGCUGCCAGUUUUUACUUUUUUAAAUAGUUGGGGAAAAAAUUCCAAAGACUGAUAUUUUGUGUCACAUGAAAAUUAUAUGAAAUUCAAAUUGCAGUGUCCAUAAGUAAAGUUUUAUUGGGGCACACCCAUGCUCACCCUUUUAAAUAUUGUGUAUGGCUGCUUUGUGCUACAGUAGCAGAGUUGAGUCAUUGCAAGGGAGACCGUAUGGCCCAGGUAGCCUAAAAUAUUUAUCUGAUCCUUUACAGAAAAAGUUUGCUAACCCUUGAUAACAAAUACUCUAAAAUGCAGGUUUUUCUUCCUCAGUUUAGCUCAGUGGUAGGUCAAAUUGUUUGCUUUUGCUAUUAAGCUUAUGAUUUGGAAACGUAAAAUUUCAUGGUGGAUCUUAUACUCAGAACUAUUCAAAAGGGAAAACAUGCCAGCCAUUUUAUAUGAUGAAGUCUCUUAUUCCAUAGAGAACUGUAGAAAGAUAUCUGUAUCUUUGGAGAAGGAGAAAGAAAGGAAAGAACUCCAGAAUCCCAUCACUGUUCUUUAAAGCAUGCAUCACAGACCUUUAAGGGUAUGCUUUAUUGAGUAAAGGUUAUAGUUUGACUUUAAGAAAUUUUCUAGAAUCAUGUUUGAAUUCUAAACGUUGAUAUUCUUAAGUACCAUUUCUGAUUAGGAAUUAGGUGUUAAAAGAAUCAUGGUAAGGAAACCUUAAUCCGUUGAAACUCUUGUAAUUUGGACAACAAAACACUAGAAAUAACACUCUUUUCUUUGAAGAUCUGAUUCAAAUACACCUUAGAAGAGUUUAAAAUCUCCCAGGCCUUUAGGAUGCAAUAGGAUAUUAUGCCCUGGUUUGACUCCUUUUCAUUCAAAUUAAUGUAAGUAUGUUGUUCAAGACUUUGAAGCAUUGAACAAUGUUCCCUUGAUGAAUUUUAUUUAAUUACUGACAUUUUGUGAUAUUUGAAUGUUAUUAAGUUAAACACUUAGAGCUGAGUAUAUUCAGGGGAGAAAAGUGAAUGAAAUGACUCAUAAUAAGAAAGGUUGGUCCCUUGGGACAGUUACCUUCCUGGUGUCAUUGCCAUCCUGGGUUGACAAGCUGAGAGUAGAGGAUACAAGUGAUGUGAAUAAAAUGGAAAUUGCAUUGAGUUAAUGAAACAGACACUUUUAGAUCAAGAAAACACUUCAACAGCCUUUUUAGAAAUUGGCACACUCCUAUAGUCCCACCUACACAAGAGGCUGAGGCAGGAGGAUCACUAGAGUACAGGAGUUUGGGGCUGUAGUGUGUAAUGAUCACACCUGUGAAAGAAUAACCACUGCACUCCAACCUGGGCAACAUGGCAAGACCCUGUCUCUUUAAAAAAAAAAAAUUCUUCCUGGGAAAAGAAGUCAAAGAUGUAACUUUACACAAUUUCUACCCCCACCGUCUUUUUUGUUUGUUUGUUUGUUUGUUUUUUGGCUAGAUACUAAGUAUUCAGUGUUUGCUGAGAUGUCAGGUUUCUACUAAUCAGCCAGUUAUUUGGGAAGGAGAAAAACUUUUUCUCAACUCUGAACAUGAUGCAGCUUGUUAACUCUCCAGAUAGUGCCUUUGAUUGAAAAUAAGGUCUACGCCUUUUUAAGUAUAUUAUUUCUGACAUCGUAAGAAAUAAUUUAGUUCCUUAUUCUCAUUUAUCUUUUAUAUAAUGCACUGUAAUAUUCAGGUUUAAAGUAAAAUAAGUAUAUGAAUUAUAUUUUGGUAAAACUGUUUCAUGACCAGCUUGAUUAAUGUAUAUUAACAUACCAGACAUUGACAGUGAACAUUUCAUGAAAUCAGUUAUUUACUUACUAAAACAAUGAGUUUUAGCUUGAAAGUUACUGCUGCUCUAUUAUUAACAAAACUAAGUUUUAAAAAUUAAUUUUAAUUCUACUGAAGUUUAAUUUCUGGUUAAAGGUAUAGUGGAUGCUAUUUAUGAUCCAAGUUUUUACAUCACAUCCAUUGAUCUGCCUAUCCCUUCUUUUUACUCCAAAGAGGAGAUGAUAGAAUAAUACAUUCAGUAUACUACCAAGAAGCAAAGUUAUAAUGUGUUUCAUUUUACUAUUGGAAUUUUUUAUUGUAACAUUGUAUAAUAACCUGAAAUGUUUACUUGUGCCUUUUCUUUAAACAAUUAAAGUUUUCCAUUUUAUAAGAA